AUUCAAUCAUGGAUGCUGUUUUUCAGCCAUUGACGACUUGGACUUUGAAACAGCGGUCAUCAAUUUCAAUCUUGAUUUUGAUUUUAACUUUAAUUUAAUCUAAUCUGAUUUGAUUCAAUUUGUUUUAAACUCUGCAACCUCUUCUGUGCAUGCUCAUCUAAAUUAGCCAUGGCUUUUUUUCACUGCCUUGCCCCCUUUCUUCUUCUCUCUUUACCAUUCCUUUUACAAGCACAAAAUGCAAACAUUAGUUUAGGAUCAUCUCUUAUUGCUUCUGAGGAUGCUUCUUGGAAAUCACCUUCUGGGGAUUUUGCCUUUGGAUUUAGGCGUAUCAACAAUUUAGAUCUCUUCUUGGUAGGCAUCUGGUAUGACAAAAUACCAGCGAGGACAUUAGUAUGGUAUGCAAAUGGAGAUAAUCCAGCACCAAAAGGAUCCAAGCUUCAGCUUACUAACAAUGGCAACUUCACACUUACAGGUCCACAAGGAGAAGAAAUCUGGAAUCCCAUGUCUAGAACUGAUGGAGUUGCAUAUGCUGCUAUGCUAGAUGAUGGGAAUUUUGUUCUUUCAGGCAGAGAUUCUAAUUAUCUAUGGGAGAGUUUCAAGAACCCCACAGACACAAUCUUGCCAACUCAAGAACUAGAAUUUGGAGGAAAGCUAUCUUCUAAGCAAACAGAAGACAAUUACUCGAAAGGAAGGUUUCAGUUGUUCAUGAAAACAGAUGGCAAUCUGGUGCUUCGUCCUAUUGGCUUGCCCACAGAUUUUCCUUAUGGAGCUUAUUACAAGAGCAAUACAGAUAGUGCUGAUGAAAUGAAUUCUGGAUACAGAAUGGUUUUCAAUGAGUCAGGCGAUCUCAAUGUCUUCGUCAGGAAUGGAAGUGUUGUCAACCUCACAAAGGACAGAACAAAAUUCCCAGGAGAUUACUAUUACAGGGCAACGCUUGAUGCUGAUGGAAUUUUUGCACUGUAUGCUCAUCCAAGAACUCAAACAAAUGGAAGCUGGGGGCAGACCUGGUCUGCCAUUUGGUCAGUCCCAAAUGAUAUUUGCUCUGAUAUGGAUGGCAUCCCCACUGAUUUGGGUGGUGGUCCCUGUGGAUAUAACAGCUACUGCAGACUUGAUGAAAAACGAAGGCCAAUUUGUGAAUGCCUUCCGGGAUUUUCCCCAUCAGAUCCAACCAAUAAAUUGAAUGGCUGUAAGCAGAACAGGAUUCCAAAUUGUCAGCAAGACAAUGCAAAGCCUGAGGAUUUGUAUGUAAUGCAGGAGCUGCCAAAUACAUACUGGCCACUUUCUGCAAACUAUGAACAAUUACAGGGGCUGAAUGAAGAUGACUGCAGUAGGCUCUGCCUUUCUGAUUGCAAUUGCAUGGUUGCUGUUAUAAAGGAGGGGACCUGUUUUAUGAAAAAAUUGCCACUUUCAAAAGGAAGAGUGGAUUACAACACCUACGGGAAAGCUCUGAUCAAGGCAAGUAAAUCUGAUGCUUCUUCUGAUGAACCUUCUGUCAGGAAUUCAAACAUAGGGAAGAAAGAUAGAGAAACUUUGAUUCUGGUGGGAGGAGUGUUCUUAGGUAGCUCAGUAUUCCUUAAUUUCCUACUUGUAACAGCAGUAGCUCUGAUUGUUCUUUACUCGAACAAAAACAGACUGAAACGAACUAAAACACCCAACAUUAUAGAAACAAAUCAACGUAUUUUUACAUAUAGAGACUUAGAUGAAGCCACAGAUGGAUUCAAGGAAGAGCUUGGAAGAGGUGCUUUUGGCACUGUGUAUAAAGGAGUGUUAAUAUCAUCUAGUUCAAAAACCUAUGUUGCAGUCAAGAAGCUAGACAGGAUGGUGCAAGAAGGUGAAAAGGAGUUCAAAACCGAAGUAAGCGCAAUAGCCAAAACCCAUCACAAGAAUUUGGUCAGAUUGCUUGGAUUUUGCGAUGAAGGCUCAAACAAGCUUUUGGUGUAUGAGUUCAUGAGCAAUGGCACAUUGGCUAGCUUCCUUUUUGGAAUAUCAAGACCUGACUGGAACAAACGAUUGCAGAUGGCAUUUGGGAUUGCAAGAGGACUCACAUAUUUGCACGAGGAGUGCAGCACACAGAUAAUCCAUUGUGAUAUUAAACCCCAAAACAUUCUCCUGGAUGAUUCAUUUACUGCAAGGAUCUCGGACUUCGGAUUGGCUAAGCUUCUGAUGAGUGAUCAAACUCGCACACAUACAGCCAUUAGAGGAACCAAAGGAUAUGUUGCACCAGAAUGGUUCAGGAACAUGCCAAUUACAGCAAAAGUAGAUGUUUACAGUUAUGGGGUGAUGCUACUAGAGAUCAUUUGUUGCAGAAGAGGCCUUGAAAUGGAAAGCGAGAAUGAAGAGGAAGUCAUACUAGCUGACUGGGCCUACGACUGCUACAAAGAAAAAAGAGUAGAUAAACUAGUGGAGCAUGAUGAGGAGGCAAGAAAUGACAUAAAAAGACUGGAAAAGCUAGUGAUGGUGGCAAUAUGGUGCAUCCAAGAGGAUCCAUCUCUGAGACCCUCCAUGAGGACUGUGACACAGAUGCUUGAAGGUGUUGUUCAAGUUUCUGUGCCCCCUUGUCCUUCCCCAUUUAGUUCAAUCUGCUGACACUCUUAUCAUCAUUUAACACUGAAUUUAAACCUUGAAGCAUUAGAGAACACACAAGAGGAGAU